UGCAGUGGCGUCCAGACAGCAGCAGCGGCAGCAGCAGCAGCAGCAUCAUCAUCAUCCCCAUUGUAUGGGCUACACAGUGCGUGCAGUAGUAACAGUGUUGUGAUACAGCACAGAGGUAUUCCUUACACCGGCUUACUUACGUGCGAGUGUGUGUGUGUGUUAUCUUUGUGUGCGCGUGCGUGCGUGUGUGUGUUACACACGUUACACAGCGAGGCUGUCUUUUACCAUUUUAUAAAACAGCUCGCACAAUACUGUUGACACCUAGCAGCAGCAGCAGCAGCAACCAGCCUGCUGUGCUGUAUUGUAUGGUGCAUUUGAUGGCGUUGUGUUGGAUAUUUAUAUAUAAGAAGACGCUUGCCGUGCUGAUAUGGCAACAGUAGUCCCCGGAUAGGGUUUAUUUAUCCGUGGCUUGUUGAUGCCACCAUCAUCGCUUCACUGAAUGACGAUGAUGACGGUGGUGGUGGUGGUGAGAAGCCACCGUCCACUGUCAUUCAUUGCGUUAGCUUGGUGAGUCUUAAGAGAGGGUUGGGUGCUGGGUGGCGGUGUUUUUUUUGUGGUGUUGUGGGGAAGGGGGUGCUGGGGAGGUGGGAGGAGAGGUUGUGGAGGUGGGGGAAGGGUUAUAGAGGCAGCUGGACUCCAACAGAAUGGCACUAUAAACUAGUUUUCACCUCGACUGCGGCGGUACUUGCUGAAGAACACAUGGCGAUUGGUGGAAUGGCAUUCCAUCCUUGAUCUCAAACUGCACAAAGUUUGAAGGAAGGAUCCCUUAUCCACUUUGGCUGCCCCAGGCGAUGAAUUUGGGUUUGGUGGCAAGAGAUAUGUGGACAAGAUUUUGCGCCAACGUCUGCCACCCUCAGCUCAGCACCAGGAUGAAAUGAAAUCAUGUAAAGGGGCCGACGAGCAGCUGCCUUAGCAAUGUCCAAGGUGCUCAAGAAGCGCGCGCACUGGAGCGCCAAGGUGCGCGAGGUGGUGGCGUCGCGCGGCAGCGACGGCUCGCUGGGCUUCGCGGUGUGCGGUGGCGCGGACGCCGGCCAGUUCCCCCACCUGGGCGACGCGGUGGACCACGAGCGUGUCGUCUACCACCACGCGGCGCGCCUCCAGGGAGGCCACGUGCUGCUCGAGGUGAACGGCACGCCCGUGGCGGGCCUCACACGGCGCGACACGCUCGCCGUCAUCGCCAACUGCAAGGACCCGCUGCGGCUCAAGACCGUCAAGCCAGGCAGCCUGAUUAACAAGGACCUGCGGCACUACCUGAACCAGCGGUUCGCCAAGGGCUCGCUGGACCAUGAGUUCCAGCAGACGAUACGGGACAACCUCUAUCUGAGGACGACGCCAUGCACGACACGGGCACCUCGAGAAGGCGAAGUGCCCGGAGUGGACUACAACUUCAUUUUGCUGGCCGAAUUUCUGGCGCUGGAGAAGAGCGGCACGCUCCUGGAGACGGGCACCUACGAAGGAAAUUUCUACGGGACCCCGAAGCCCCCGUCGGAGCCUCCGGCCGGCUCGCUCCCUCUGCCCGAGCCUCGGCCCGGCCUGGGCUCGCGUCGCAAACGAACCAAGUCCGUGAGCAACAUGGAGCACAGGGAGGGGAGCCACGCGGGCCGGGUGGCAGCGCUCAACGGCGGGCGCGACUCGGGCGACUCGAGCGAUGGCGACGGGGCGCCCGCAACGCGCACGCAGACCACGCAGGCUUCCCAGCGGCGGGGGGCGAGCGGCGAGCGUCCCCCCAAGCUCCACAAGCACCCCCUGGGCUCUGCGUCGCUGGGUGGGCCCAGCUCGGAGGGCUCCAACGGCCUGGAGGUCGGGGGCCACGGGGAGGAGCUGGGCCCGCUACCCGGGAACUGGGAGAUGGCGUGCACUGAGAGCGGGGAGAUCUACUUCAUCGACCACAGCACCCGCACGACGUCGUGGUUGGACCCCAGACGAGUGCAGAAGCAGAAGCCACUGGAGCUGUGCAAUGACGAUGAGCUUCCGUACGGAUGGGAGAGGAUCGAUGACCCGCAGCACGGCGUCUAUUACGUCGACCAUCUGAACAAAAGGACUCAGUUCGAAAAUCCGGUCGUGGAAGCGAAAAGGAGAAGGCAGCGUCAGCGAGCGGACGUCUCUUCAUCGACACUGCCUCGUUCGAAGCCCGGCGGCGGAAGCCCACAGCCCCAGAGGUCUCACAGUGCCAACGACCUCCUCGUCACCACCUCCUCCUACGAUCCACAUCCGCCCGAGCAAGGCGUGUGGGUGUUUACGCGUGACCCGCGGGAGCUGCACGGCUCCUCUGUGCGUGCGUCGCUGCUCAAGACGAGCCAGGGCUUUGGCUUCACCAUCGUGGGCGGAGACACGCCACACGAGUUCCUGCAGGUGCGCGGACUCGUGCCCGACGGACCGGCCACGCGAGACGGGCGCAUGCGAAGAGGUGACGUCAUCGUGUACGUGAACAACACCUGUGUGCUCGGCUUCACCCAAAAGGAGGUGGUGAGGAUGUUCCAGUCGGUGCCGGUGGGCGAUUCCGUCGACCUUCAGCUGUGCCGCGGCUACCCUCUGCCCUACGACCCCGACGACCCGGACCUGGAGGUGCCGCCCUACCAGGACGGCCGGCCAUCCGACCGCGGGGGGCCCGGCUCGUCCAAAUCGAUGCCGGACAUCGCCGACAGCUCCCACGCGCAGUCGCCGCCGACCUACGACCCGCACCGCCGGCCGUUUUCGCCGCCCACGUACAUCGCCAAGGCCAAUGGCUACUACGACGACAGCGGCUCGCAGACGUCGUCCGUCGGCUCGCAGCCCGAGCUCGUGUCCGUCAAGAUCGUCAAGGGCCGUGCGGGCUUUGGCUUCACGAUCGCCGACAGCCCGAGCGGGCAGCGCAUCAAGCAGAUCCUGGACAGCCGCCGAGGCCUGGAGCUGCGCGAGGGAGACCUCAUCCUGGAGAUCAACGGGCGCUCGGUGCGCGAGUGCUCGCACAUGGACGUGGUGACGCUGCUCAAGGAGUGCGCCACGGGCGCCCAGGCCUCCAUGCUGCUGCAGCGCGGAGGGCAAUCGCCGUUCUCCCCCAACAGAGUGGCGCAAAUGCAGGCUUACGAACGACACGACAGCCAGGGCAGCUUGACACGGGACUCGCCGCCCCGACGUUUCUCGCAGCCUCCGGCCCUGCCUUCCGCGGGCAUCGUGCCACCCCACGCGCAGCCCUCCUAUCGGCGGCCUCCUGCCGAGGAGUUCCGUGGCCGGCAGGAGGCGUCCCGCGUCUACGAGGACCCGCAGAGCCUCUACGAGGACUCCCAGCGAAACAGUUACCAGGAGAUCACGAUCCACCUGCGGAGACAGGAGGCCGGGUUUGGCUUCCGGAUACUCGGAGGAGAGGAGCUUGGUCAGCCGAUCCGCAUCGGAGCCAUCGUGCCGGGCGGCUCGGCCGACCUGGAUGGCCGCAUGCGCUCGGGCGACGAGCUGGUGUCCGUUGACGGGAUCCCCGUGUCGGGGAAGUCCCACCGCAGCGUCAUCGGUCUCAUGCAGCAGGCAGCACGCAACGGGCUCGUGGCGCUCACCAUCCACCGGCCAACCCUCUCCGCCGGCGCCCAGGGCGACGGGCGGGGAGGGGACGGGGUGCAGCGCGGGCCCCCCUGGAGGGAGCAGGCCCAGUACCCCGAGGCCCCGGCAGGCCGUCCGUCCCCCGAGCACUACCCGGGCCCCGCCACGCGACGGGCCUUCACGCCGCCGCCGGGGGCCGACGACGCUUCCGGCGGGCACGCGCAGCCGUACGACGUGGUGAUCCAGCGGCAGGAGAACGAGGGCUUCGGUUUCAUCAUCAUCUCGUCCGUGAGCCGGCCUGACGGCGGCGCCAGCAUCGGUCACAUCAUUGAGGGGAGCCCUGCUGAGCGUGGGCGGAGGCUCAAAGUUGGGGACCGCGUGGUGGCGCUCAACGGUCGCUCCAUCGUGGGGAUGCCCCACGCCGACAUCGUCACCUUCAUCCGCGACUCAGGGCUGCGCAUCACCCUCUCCGUGCUCCCCGCGCAAGAUGCCAAUGUCUCCCCCUCUUUGAGUGGUUCCUCCAAGCCCAAUCUGGCGUCAACAUCGCCUGCCCUCCUGCUCGCUAACCGAUCGGAAACCCGGCCAAGACAGGACACUAGACUUCCAUCAAUCACAUCUACCUCGGACGGCGAGUACUUCGUGGCAGAGCUGGAGAGAGGCAACACAGGAUUUGGCUUCAGCAUCCGCGGCGGGAAGGAGUACAGCAUGGACCUGUUCAUCCUGCGCGUGGCCGAAGAGGGCCCUGCCAUCAGGCAGAGCCGCAUGAGGGUGGGAGACCAGAUCAUGGAGAUCAACGGGGAGAGCACGCGCGACAUGAUGCACGCUCGCGCCAUCGAGCUCAUCAAGAGCGGGGGCCGAAGGGCACGGCUCCUGCUGAAGCGUGGCACGGGCCAAGUGCCAGACUGCGAUGCCUCCGAGGGAGCGCCGAGAACGUGGGACAGGGGCUUGUGCCUCCUCCCCUCCCCGUUCGACCGGCGCGAUCGCCUGGGCCUGGGAAUGACGACGGAGUCGCGCGGCGGCCGAGCCGGCUCCGUCCGAGCCCAGCCCUCGACCCCGAGCGCACCCCCCGGAGAGCUCGUGUCCCGGCGGCGACGGCGGGCGGACUCGCUGCCCCGCGCCAGCACGGGACCCCCGGGACCCUGGAGGGUGCCGGCACCGAGCAGAGUUGCCGUUGUCAAGUAGCCGGCCACCGCGGCGGUGACGCCAGGAUACGGACCCGGACAACUCUGGCCUCCUGAGCUAACACAGCCUCUGAUAUACCCCCUUUUCCACUGGCACACCUGAGCGAAGCCAGCACGCGGCCCUCACAGUAACAGGUGGUUUUCCACUGGCUAUUUGCUGCGCCGAGCCAGAACCAAACUGUGGUACGAUGGUCUCUAGAGAGACAUCCGAAUCGGCCUUGGGCCCAAGCAGGACCAGGGGUGGGGCUAAUUACACUUUCGUUGUGUCAUGUCGGUCGCUACGCCGAGAACACGGCAUCGCCAUGUCCAUCUGCGUACACCUCGACUCGUCCAUUGUGGUUGUGACAUCGGUGGCUCGGCUCGGCUUCUGCAGUGGAAAAAUAACCCGUCGCCUCCUGAGCCGCCGCCGGGCUGGCUCGGCAUGGCCCCGGCACGGCUCUGUUGUGCCAGUGGAAAAGAGUUACAAGUUGUAACCGAUGCUGGACGUAAUGAGUAACCCCCUGUGCUGGUGUGCACGAGCUUUCCUUGCCUGCCCUCCGACAAAUGAAGUGCCCCACCCCACCAGACUGUGCGAGCCCCUCAACAAACGAAGUGGUACGGGCUCGCUUUCUCUUGUAACCUGCAAGCAUCCCCGCCAUGCAUCAUGCGCUGCUACCUCUUUACGUGACCGCCACGGCCACCCGCUCUCCCUCCAUGUGAAGUACCGUGACACCCAUUGUUAUUAUUAUCAUCAUCCCUGUAGCCGCUGCAUAGCCGCUGCAUAGCCGCCGCGAUGAUUCGGCGCGCGCCUCCUCGUUUCACGUUGUCCGCCCCUUGAUGAAGCUCGCGGCAAAUGAAAUCCCUCGGCCGGCUGGCCGAUUUUUGCUUUCGUCGGCGAGCCCCGGUCCGCUCCUGUUGCGCAAUCUUCACACGCGAACUUUAACAGAGUCAGAACCGCAACUACGCGUCGUGCUGCAGCUGGAGCACUCCGUCGCCUUGCUCGGAGGUGGGGGGACCCCGACAAUGUGCCGGGUGACGCCCGUUAGCAGCCGUGCGAUGAGGGCACCGCGCACGCUGGGCGCUCGGAUUAUUAUUUUUGUUGUUUGCGUUCGUGCAAAACGGCGACGCUCCGAUUUUUUUUUACUAAAUUCUCGAAACCCGCACGGUCACUCCUCGCGUCUGGUGCAGUUUUGCCGGCAUGAAACAACGGCAGACCAAACGGGGGGGGGGGGGGGGGGGGCGGGCCCGUCGUCGUCGUUGCGUGUGUAAUCACUCUCGCGUUGCUUUCAAGCGGGAAAACUAUCCCGAACGAUUGCGGUUCGUGCGAGCACGUGCCAAGAAGCGUCAAUGCGAAUGUCUAAGCCAGUUCUCACCGAAUUGGGCCACAGGGUCCGAUCGGCGGUUGUGGCGGAGGGAUAAUAAUGUUCUCGGGCAUCCGAGCGGUGCACAGCACGACUUGAGAAUGCUAAGGCAUGCAUGCAAAGCGCCCUCCCUGCGGGAAGAGGCUUGCAAAGUUUUAGGAAUGGGGAGAAACUCACAAAGUCACUGUGAUAUAUCCAAAAAUAGCUCUGUAGACUAUCAGGGCGAGUGGUCUAUCACAUGGGCAAGCCACAUUCAACGUAACACUGGCAUUUAUCUACAUUUAGCCACGGGCCUUUUAAACAUAUAUAAAUUUUACUAUUAUUUUUUCGAUUGUCUUCUGAAAUAAUUAUAUGAUAGCAUUUAAUUCUGCCACUUAAUGGAUUGUAUGAUUCUAAUGCAGCUUACAGACUGCCUCGGUCUGAUUAUGUAAUCUUUGGGAAUGUUUCGUGUGCACCGUUCACUACUGUAAUUUGCUUAAACUUUUAGUUUUUUGUAUUUAUUUUAAGUAUACGGAAACAUUCCUUGCACGCAUUCACAAAUAUUAUUUCCGUUUAUAGCCACGAGUUCACCUUUGUACUGUAAACCAUCGUAAAACAAUUAUUUUUUUUUACAUUGUAUUUUUGUACUGGGAAUAUUGUUACAAUCAACAUGAUUGAAUUUCACGUCAAAGUAAAAACCACUGGUUUGGUUCGUAGGUGAACGAAGAAGCAAAUGGCACCAGAUUUCAGAUUUUUUUUUCUUUCUAAAAUUGCAGAAUAUUAGCCAUUCUUUGCCCACGAAUCAUCAGCAGAAACUGCCUUUCCACCAAAACGUGAAUUAAGUCCCAAGUGUGUUUUUCGAGUCAUAGCCGAUUCCUGAUUAUCCAUUUUUCAAGCGCGUGGCUUUCAGAUCUUCAGCCUUGCGGACACCAAUACCACUGAAAGUAUUUUGUGUGCUUCUAAAAAUGGCAACCACUGUGAGUGUGUGUGUGUCUGCUAAACUUGAAAACAAAAAGUUUUCAUCCUAUUAAUUGAAACCCGACUGAUGAGAUGUCAAAUUGUUUGUGGGCCACAUAUUCUCGGAUUGAUUUAAAUGAGGUAAUAAUGAACCGCGCCAUUUUUUUGCGAACAAAAUUGAUGUCACCCGAUGCUACGAUACCACGUGGUGGGGAAAAAAAGCACAGAUGUGGCAUAAGAACAGUGACAUCCUUUCCUGUGAUGACAUACUUUCGGAUCGUAGAGAAAAAUACAAUUCGAACCAAUAUCCAACAAGUGUAUCUAGGCCUGAUUUUCGGAUAAUUCGGACCAAUCUGAAAAUUAGAGAAACAUACUUUGUUUUUAUAUAUGUUUAUAUUUGCUCAUCUUGCCAAGUGCAUAUCAUUUUUCACAAUCGUGAACACGCAAGUGUGCUUGAGUGGCAGACUAAUUGAGAACAUUUUAAUGUGUAUGUCAUGCAACUCUGAACUGCAUUGAUGCCCCACUCAAGUCAGAGUGAGGUAACCAAAGCUUUUAGACCAAUCUAAAUGCAAUAAUGAAAUUGUUUAAAACUCUCCCGAACGCUCUGUCAAAGGUGGCCAGUCUGAAUGGUUCAAACAUUAAAUUACGCGUGAGCUGACGUACGUAUGUAUGUUAAACUACUUUUGUGCCGUACAUAGAAAAUCAUGCUAAUCGGAGGUGCGGGGAAAAGACAACAAACUAAACAGAAAAUAACUUGAAAAGAAAUUCGUUUUCAAUUUAGAAUGAGGUAGUUGAUAUGUCAUCGCGGUUUUCCCACGCGCGCACGCACACUGUCUUUGAUGUCGCUUCACGGGAACAAAAUCCAGUAGGUGUUUAAUGUCAAACGCGGGGCGCUACGCAAUUCUUGUUCCUCGGCCAAUGUAACACGCAGAUGUCUCUUGUCACCGAUCACGGACUGCACGAGACGACGGGUCUUCAUACAUUAGUGGGGUUUCUAUAAACGGAUCGCCUUGUACUAACACACGGGUGGAGCUGCGCUCAAGCGCCACUCUGUUCACAUUAGGAAGGUUGUGAGCUCAAAUGCCAUGGGGGGGGGGGGGGUCCUACUCGAAGCAUGAUCCUUCUGAAGGCAAAAGUGUACCACUUUGUGGAAAGUCAACAUUGGUUUGCCCUAUUCAGUUGUUAGCUCAGGACUGGCAGUGUAGAUAAGUCCCAACCUUUCUUCCUAGGAACCAUUGAAAUACUUUGGGCUCCUGCCCGGGUUUGGGCCAAGUGGAAAUCUACCCCCAAAAUAACUCGCCUGUACUUUAGAUAAAACCCACAGUACAAACGAAUUGAUAACACUCCCUAGGUCCACGGAGACCGGUUCAUGAACUCACUUGCCAUACUGCCAUCUCCCGGCCAAACAUGCAGUCCCCAGUGGCUAUUGUGGAGUUUCACGGAUAAACACAUUGCAACAACAACAAAUAUUUGCUUCCAGAGCACCAUAUUGCAUUUGUGCGGCACCGGACGAGUUUCAAAUCUUGUGUCAAUAGAAACUUUGAAAAAGCUGGCAUUAGUGAUUAAUUCAUUUUCACCUGCACAAAAGUUCUGCCAUGUCUGCGUGGGAGAGCUGUAAGUGACACGGCAGUUCGUUCUUGUUCCUUCAACUCUGGGGCAUGGGUUUUUUUUAAACUAUUACUAUUCAUCGCAAGUGUUGCUCAGAUUUUUCGAGUUGCUGCAGAUUUUCUAAGGAAUUGAUAUUUGACUGCAAUUGACAGAACAAAAACAUUUCCCUCCCAAUUAGCGGUUUCACACAGCUCAAAUGUUUACCGUUUAGAACCGUGUUAAUGGCAAACUAGUUCGUGGGUAAUGACCAGUGGUUGAUCCUUGUCUUAUGAAUGGUCACUCAUGACGGACAUCCAGCAGUGGAUUGACGAAGGGCUGUCAAUUAUAUUUUGUAUGCAUUUAUCAUUGUAAUAAAUGAGGGGUAUGUGCAUUAUAUUUGUUGAUCUUGGCAAGGAUAAUUAGUUUUUUUGGGAAUAAUCAGUAUUACCAUAUUCUCCAGAUUAUAAGAUGCUCUAAAAAGUAAGACUCACCCCAAACUUGCACCCAGUGUGAAUCCAGUAGAGUGAUACAAAUCUGAUCUCGCACACACACGCCGACCCGAUUAUCAAAAUUAUGCAUCCCACAACAUUUGAUUGAAAAUAUGGGGGCAGUUAAGUAUCUUAUAUUCCGGACAAUACGGUAAUAAUAUCGUUCAGUGUCGCUUGUGCCCGCCUGUCUGCUAAUCUUUGCCUCUACAUGUUCAUAGGUGUGGAUGUUUUGAAAUGAACCCGGUUAUUCAUUAAGUGUGACCACUUUAAGUAUUACUGAUGCUAUGAGCUUGAACAGAAGAUGUUUAGUGCAUACAUUCACACGUACUCGCUCAAUAUGAAAUCUUUAUCUCUCAUUGCCCCAAGUCGGCCAAUUUAUAAUCUUACUUCUCUGUGGUACGUGGCAAAACACUGACCUGCUUCCCAAUACUAACCGUGAUUGCUGUGUCAUUGCACAUUGCAGUAUAGAUCUUUCAGAAUCACAGUUGAUGCUACGUAGACAAAGGAAAGAUAGUGUCCAGAAGUGUUGAGUAUUACCACGAACAAUAUAAUAAAUUCAAAUAUUCCAAAAAAGUGGAAAGUUACAUUUGAAUAUAAAAUUGUUUUCACAAGGCAUUCAAAAGUUUAAUAAUUUGCAUACACAUUGUAUGCACCGACUUGUAUUGGUUUAUGUUAAGUAAUCCCAAUAGAUAUUUUAAUGUUAUCCCAUUCUCAAUCCAUUUUUGUCUAUUCCUUAGCAUGUAGUCUUGUACACAGAUUUAAGCCUAUUAAGCUGUACGUGUUCAUGAUAUACAUACAAUCUUAUGCCAAAGUUUACAUAUGAAUAUACGUCAUGUGCCGACUUGUAAUACCGGGGCAAUAAAGAACUGCUGCUCCUUAAUCUAUGGAAGAAGUAGGGAUGUUGGACCUAUACUUAACCUAUACAUGAAUUAGGUCUAAAUAAUGACAAUGGUAAGCACACGACAGAUGGGACUGUCUUGUAAAAAAAAAGUGUGAAUGCAAACGGUGCUGCCCAGAGCUUUCUGGGUGCCAGGAUUGGAGGCCAGGGAAAUGACGCUCCUAUUCAUUAGUGACAAAGAAAAACAGGCCUCUUGUGAGUAAACAAAAACAAUUUUGUUACCAGGUAAAGCCCACUAAUCCUGUAGAGCUGUUUUUCAGAAGCGACCUAGCCACAAAUGCUAGCUCAACGAAGUGGCUUAUUGAGUGCGAAUUUAUAGCAACCAAAUGCUCAAAACCGCAUGUUUCUAAAUAUGGAGGAAUAAAAUAAACCGGAGGACCUGGAGAAAAAUCAAACCCACAACCUCCUGCGUACCCGGCGAUGGAGUUGACAUCUUGUCACUGUGGCACCCCAGGGCAAAUUGCCCACUCUCCUGCCCUAGGUGGCCCUGCAUGUCAAUGCCUGAGGUUUUUAGUUUCAUUUUCCAACACUGCUUCCACAGACCACCACCUCAAAAUAACUCAAUGUGUGGCCAUUUUGGUAUUUCGACCACCAACUAAAACAGUUGAGCUGGUCGUCUGGAUAAGCCUGUAAAGAGCGUUUUGGUCAUGCAAUGCUGCACACCUUUGUAUGUUGUUAAAUAUGCUAGCUUAUAGCCUGCAUUAAUUUUUCUUUUGUGAUUUUUUUGUGUCAUUUACAGAUUUGGCUUAUAAUAUAACCAAUUACAUGACGUGUAUUUAACAACCCUUUAUUUGAACCUACCAAGUAAAAUAACCACAUUCAAUAUUUAAACAAAUUGUCAGGGAUGUAGCCAAAUUUGUUAGUGCUUUACACGCGCGCGCAUGAUGUUAGGGUAUUGGUCAGUUGUAAUGAGAAAAAGUGUGCGCGUGCACACGAGCUCAAAGUAAAAGCGCCAGCCCUAAAUUGUCUUGCUCACGCCACUACUGGCACAAUGGCCUCCAGUAGAGGGAGCUCUAGAGAGCCCAUCUAGCGGGAAUUUUGGCCUACUCUUCCACACUGGCCACACGUCUUGGAAGAGGUGCGAGUAGCCACGCUUAAUCCCUCUAGCUCGCAGUUGAAAUAUGUGCUCGCUGUGUUUUAACGCCCGCACGCAAAGUGCCAUGGUCCCCUAACCUCCUAAAAGGCUUGGCGUGAGUUUUCUAAGUGGUUCCUGUGAAACGUCAGUGGGAAAGCCUCUGUGCGGUGUGUAUUGUCUGGAGAAUGUACUCAAUAUUGAGCAUCAGAAACUACCCUGUUCCAUUUACAUGGGUUUUUUUUCAUGAUCCUCGUGUGCGCACUAUAAAUGUGGGCCAGUGCAGGUUGCAAGUGUCCCAUGAAUAAUCUGCGCACAAUUUAAACAGUCUGUCGUCUGCUAUGAUGGCAGUGUCAAUGUGAUGGCCUUUCGGUGGAUUUGGUUAUGGAGAAGGACCACUAGGGGCGCUGCAAACAUUAAAAAUGAAAAGGGACAAAAAAAAGUUUGGGUUUCUGUCCGAUCUCUUUUAAAGUUGUGCCGCGUGUUGUUUUGGCACGAGGCCUGAUGUUACGCUCCACGUGCCGGCAGCUUAAUCGGAUUCCUGAAGAAGCUUCAGCCCGCAAACAUCACAGGAGAAAAUAUGGCUCAACCUUGAAAACAUACACGGUAGAAAGUGAAAAAGGCCACAUUUGUUGGGGCAGAGCAGACUGGCCACUAGCCAACCAACUCGUAGCACUGGCCCCUCUACCCCUGACUGUGAUCCCAAACCUAACCCUACACGUGGCUUGUCCCUCUGUUCACCUUUCACGUUUUACUUUACAACACCUGCUCCUUGGUGCGGUAAAUGAAGCGGACUGUGUGGUCGUUGCCUCGUCGGUUGAAUAAUUGAACACCUUGUCAUGUUUCCCUGGUCAGGUGUUCCUUUAAGGGUUGAUUGUGCUUUGUUAGAGCUUCAUCAGGCCCCAAGUUCAGGAUUGGUCAAUGAGGAGGUUAAUCUCUGGGUAAAUAAUUCAUGGUUGAGUUGACCCUGGAAGAGGCCCUCGCGGCAUAGCGUGGCAUAAUUCAGUGUCUGGUUAUACAAGAGGACAGGGCAUUGCUCCUGCUGUAGGUUUACAACUGGCAAUACUUACUGGGGGAGUUUUUUUGCACAAUUUUGGAGUCAAUCAAUGUAGGCCACUCUUAAGGAUUUAAAUUCGGCUGAGUCGCAUGAAACCAAUGUUAUCAGUGGACUCACCAGUGACAACUGAAAUCAUUUGUCCGGUGAGAAGCGUUGCACACUGUAUUGUCAAGGAGGGCAAGAUAUUUCCCAAUUUUAAAUCGCGGUAGAGACUUAAUGUGACAAACCCCCUAACUGACCAUCUUCCUGAAGAUGGUGGACAGCAGAGAUGACUGUCUCCUACCAAUGCCGAGUAUUAUAUUUCUGCUGCUGGUAAGCAAAAGGGUACUGUUACAAACGUAGCACUGGUAAGUGUUUUAUAUGCUGUAAUAAUCUGACGUUUGAAUCUUGCCCAGCACACUUUUAAAUAAGACAGAUUAUUUCCGUUUUUAAAGUGUAUUUUAACCAGUGUCCUGGACAAAUGCAUAUGAAUAUAGUGUACAUACAUGACAAUAAUAUACUGUAUUGUAGUCAAGCUUUGCAUGUGUACGUUAAUUGUGGCGAUUUCAAAGUGUAUGUGUAUAUCUUUCUGUGUACACCAAAAAUGAAUUGUACAAAAUGUCAAAUCGU